UCGUGCGUGAUCGUGAUUGUUAUUAUAGAUUGCUUGCUUUGUUUUGUUGAUGUCUAAGUCGAUAUAAAUGCGAAGUCAGUUUUAAGUAUUUUAAUGUCAACACAAAGGUGCAAUAACGAACUUUUCAAACAGACCGUCGCUAAUAUAUUAGGCUAAUGUCAGAUCGUCAAUAAUUAAUUAUUGCCCUUUCGUCAUUAGGAGCAAUUUUCUUGUCUAGCCUACUUUCAUCUUGCCAGCAAGUUACGAUGCCGCCCUCUUCCUCAGUAUGAAAACUAAUAGUCAGGUGGUAACUUAGUGUGAAUUUGUGGAAAAUACAGUGUAAAAGUGCGGUCACAAUGAGUGAGGAAGAUAAAAAGAAACCGAUGGAUGGUCCAAAACCCUCGGGACUGAAACCUCCAUCCAAGUUGGGGCGUUUGUGUGCCAACCAGCAACCCAAGCCAGCUGUUCCACCCAGUCCACCAAAAGCCAGUGGGGACUCUAGCAGUAAUGGAUCGUCGACACACAGAAAAAGGAAUCCAUUAGGCCCGGUGGAGACACUGCUCUGCUCGGCCCUGUACACUUCCACGAUGAGAACGCAUCUGCAGAGACGAGACUCGGCAAAUGAUACUGACGACGGCUCGGUGGGCAGCGGACGCAGGGCUAGCAUCGCAAGUGAUCGUAAGAGUUCACUGGGCUCAGGAUCUGACUCUUUGUGGGGAGACCUACGCAGACUCAGCGAGGCCGGUGUGCGCAGAACAUCAGACUCGAGUGUGGUGCUGACGGAGGACACGGACAGUUUCAAGAUCGGAGACAGAGUGUGGGUGGGCGGUACCAAGCCUGGCAUCAUCGCCUACAUCGGAGAGACGCAGUUCGCCCCCGGGGAGUGGGCUGGCGUCGUACUGGACCUGCCAAUAGGCAAGAACGAUGGAUCUGUGGCCAACAUCCGCUACUUCCAGUGUGACGCCAAGCGAGGUGUCUUCUCUCGACUCACUCGGCUCACCAGAGUCGCACUGUCGGAGGGGGGAGAGGAUCACAGCUUUCUCCCGACCUCUCCCCCCAGUCGACCUCCCUCCUCUACUGGCAGCCACAGGGACCUGAGGCUGGGUGACCGAGUAAUAGUGAUGAGCUCUACAGGCAGCAAGACAGGGAUGUUGAGGUACAUCGGACUGACAGACUUUGCCACAGGGGAGUGGUGCGGUGUCGAACUCGACGAUCCUGUCGGUAAAAACGAUGGCUCUGUACAAGGCAGGAGGUAUUUCUCGUGCCAGAACAAGUACGGUCUGUUUGCGCCGGUUGCCAAGGUGUCUCUGUCUCCGUCGCCCAACAGACGUCCCAGCUGUGCCAUGCAUCCCCCGGGCCCCACACGUCAGACCACCAAGGACAGCAUCACCUCUACUGCCUCGACAGCGUCCAGGGUAAGACUGGGGGUCAACAGUCUUCAGAGGCUGAGCAGACCGAGCACUCCCAGCAAACCCUCCGCGGUCUCCAGCAAUGCCGAGGCCAUGCUGAAGGACAAGGAGGCGUACAUAGAACAGCUGUUGAAGGAGAGAGACAUGGAGAGAUUGUCAGUGACUCGUGCAGCUCAGCUAGCGGAGACUGCCGAGAGAGAGAACGACAACUUGAAACAGCAACUGCGCCAGUUACAAGAAACAUUCGAGGCAGUACAAGCGGACCUGCAACACCAGCUGUCCGAACUACAAACAGAGAAUCAAGAGGUCAGGAACCACUUGGAGGAGGAGAGGGGGAAACUGGACGAUCUGACGUUCCGUCUGGACGAGGAGGGCUUGGCUAAAACAGACCUAGACGCCCAGUGUAAAGUGCAAGAAGAACAGAUCAAACAGCUGGAGGAGAGAUUGGCAGCGGAAACCAGGCGAGUUGAAGCGUUGGAGGCAGAAUCAAGCAGAACGUUUGAGGCGGAGGAAGCUCUUGCGACCAAUCAAGCAAACUUGGAAGAGGCUAGGGAAUUGAUCAAGGAACACCAAGAGCAAUGUGUCAAGUGGAAGAACAUGUUCGAGGAAGAGAAAAAACAGAGAGCUGAUUUCGAGAACGAGCUGAAACAGAUCAACGAAAUCAAAAAUCAGCUGGAGACAGACUUGAGGACUUUGACUGUCAAGUUCAGUGAAGUAGAGGGUUCUCUAACAAAGAGCGACUCGGAGUGUGCAAGGUUGAAAGGGGAAAUAGAGAAAACCGUGAAUCAAUGUAUGGUUGAAAAAGAAUCUCUCGGUAAGGAACUCGCCGUGUUGAAGGACAAAUGCAAAGACCUCCAAGAUGAAAAUAAUAAUAAAACUAAUGACAUCUCUGUUUUGAAUCUGAAUUUAACUCAACUGCAAAGUAAAUUCAAGAGUAAAGAAGAUGAAAUUGUCGGUUUGAAAGAGAACUAUAGUAAGGAGAUUCAAUCUCUAAAAGAAAAAGUGAGCAAUCUGGAGAAUACUCUUACUUCGAAAACUGUUGCUUUUGAACAACAAGAGGAUUUGUAUAAAAUGGAAAUAAGCGAUUUGAAGGAGUCUGUGAUAGCAGCUAAAAAAGAAUUAGAACAGAAAGACAAGAGUAACAUGAGCGGUAUUGAAGAUGCAGCAAAGAAAACUGCUGUCAUGGCUGAAAGCUUGAAACAAAAAGAUGAAGAUAUAACAAAUCUAAAAAGUAAAGUUGAGAAUUUAAAUACACAACUUGAAACACAAUUAAAGAACAUCAAUGAUUUGAAAGAAAGUAACAGACAAUUAAAUGAAGAUAUUGACAAAUUCAAGGUGGUUGAACAAACUGCUAAGAGUUUAGAAGAAAAGAUCUCUGAGCUAACAGCAUCACUUGAAUCCCAAAAACAAACUCUAGCUUCAAAAGACGAAGAACUGAGUAAAAACAAAACCAUCAAUGAAGAUCUGAGCCGCUCCUCGUCUGCUCUGUCUGUACAAGUCGAGGAAUGGAAGCGCAACUGCCAAAGUCUAGAAGAGAAGUGCGCACAAGUAACUGAGCAGAAAGUUAAAUUGGAAAACAGUUUGUCGGAGUUGAUGAACUCGUCAAGUGACUCGUCCCAGCAGCUGGUCAAGCUGAACGACUCUCUGAGAGAGAAGGAGAGAGAAGCGGAGAGACUGAGAGAGGAGUUGUCAGAGACUCGGAGAGAAAGUGAUGUCACAGUGAUGAGAGUGCAGCAUGAGCUGGACACUGUCAGGGAGAAAACCAAGACUGAAUUGGAAGAGUUACAAAAUAGACUACAUACAAAAGAAAAUGAAUUAGAAAUAUCCAACUCCAAAUGCAGCUCUUUGAGUGCGGAUUUUGACAACCUUUCUAAAACAUUAAAGUUGUUAGAAAAUGAUCUGAAAGAUUAUAAAGCAAAACUAAACGAUGAAACUAAUCUCAAAGUCGUACUUGAAAAUAAAUUAGUUGACGAAAGUAAAAGAGUGAGUGACUUAGAGGAGGAAAUUCAGAAAAGGAUUCAGGAUACUGAUAAAGUGGAGCAGGAAUUGAAGAUAAAGUUGAAAGCUGUUGAAGAAGAGAAGAAGUCCUUAGAAACGGAUCUGAGAGAAUGGAGAUCUCAAAAUGAAAAGACCGCUAUGGACAUGGACGAGAGGAGGAAAAAAGAGGAGGCUUUGAAGGUAAAGAUGGCUGAAUUGAAUGCUGAAAAAGAAAAAUUAGUCUUAACCUAUGAGGAAAAGAUUAUUUCAUUAACAGACAGCUUGGAUAAAGUUAAAGUGGAAAAGGAGAAAAUUGAAAAUGUGGUUUGUGAAAAGGAUGUGGAAAUUCUUCAGCUUAAACAGAACAUAGAUCAAAUGAAAACCGAAAGCCUUAGGCAAGUCGAGGAUUUGAAAGAAAAGGAAAGUAAAAUUACAGAAAUUACAGGUGAACUUGACAAUGCUAAAUUAUUAGCGACAAACUCACUCAAUGCACUCAGCACGGAAAAGGAUAGUGUUGCUAAGAAGUUAGAAGAACAGAUAAACUCACUGUCGAAAGAAUUUGAAAAAGCAAAAAUAGAUAAAGACGUUUUGGAGAAAUCAAUAUCUGAUAAAGAUAAUGAAAUACUCAAACUUAAUAAGGUUAUAGAAGAGACCAAGUCAGAAAGUCAAAUACAUCUCAACGAGGUCAAACUAAAAGAAACUCAUAUCAAAGAUAUUAGCCAAGAACUUGAAAAAUUAAAACUUGCUGCUAGCAGUUCUACAAGCAAGUCAGGUGAGGCUGAACAGAAAUAUCUACAGCAGAUAGAUGUUGUUAACUCACUUAAAACCAAGCUAGAGGAAACCAUUUCAGAAAAAGAUACAAAAAUUAAGCAACUUUAUUCAGAAUUGGAAAACAUCAAACAGCUUCAGAAGGUGCAGGAAGAUAAUACAGUUAAGAACAAUGAAAUACUUGAAAAAUUAAAAUUAUCGAAAACUGAAGCUGAAGAAAAAUUAGCUGAAUUGGAAAAAGAUUUAUUACAAAAGAACCAGCAAUAUGAGGAUGAAUCUAGAAAAUUGAAGUCUGAUCAUGAAUUGUUGAAAGAAGAAAAAUAUCAGCUGAAUCGAAAGGUCGAAGAAGUAACUGCUGAGGUUAAGAAACUGGCAAGUGAAAAGGCUUCUUUGAUGACACAGUUUGAUGUGAUGAAGAGAGAAAAUGUUGAAAUGAAAGACAAACUUCUCAUCCAGUCGGCAAACAUAACAAACACUACGUCAACCAACAAUAACAACGCCAACGAGCCGGAUCCCAAUGCUACCAUAACAUUCCUGAACAGCAUAAUAGCUGACCAGCAACGAGAACUGUUGGUCCUGAAGGAAGAAAACCAGCAACUGAAGAGCCUCGGCGUAGUGGCUCCUGUCAAGUCGACUCGCACAGUGACCCCUCGCAUGUUCUGUGACAUCUGUGAUUGUUUUGAUUUGCACGACACAGAAGAUUGUCCAACACAAGGUAGUGACUCCCCUCCGCCCAAACCUAGGAGCCAACGCAAGCCUGUCACUGAGCGACCGUACUGCGAGAGCUGCGAGGUGUUUGGUCACGUUGAAGGUGAAUGUGAUGACGAGACGUUUUAACUUCCAGAUCAAACAUAUUUUCAAAAGAACUUUGUCAAGGAAGUAUAAAUUCCAGUACCUGUGUUUAUCCUGCAUUAUGUGAUACCUACUCACUGCUUAGCUCUACUUUCUCUUUUUUUGUAUAAAUGUAAGUUGUAAGUUAUUUAUUACCUGUAACAACGUUAUCAUAUAGACAAACGUACCAUUUUAUGUUAGGAGUGUGCAAAUAGUGACUUUUCAGUUCGAACCGAGCCUAUCUUUUGCAAAUAGUUUUGAGUUUUGAGCUUUUUCAUGCUGAACUUGAAUUUUUAUGUGUGUAUAUUUUUUUAUUUAAAUGUAUAGAACAAGCUUAUCCCACAGAUUAAUGUAUCACUUGUUACACUAAUGGCUAUUAUAAUUCAGUGCCGCUUAAGUAAAUGUGCUUGGCGCAAGAGAUUUUAGGAUUGUUGAGGGUGCAAGGAGAGGAAGGUGUCGGGGGAGCCUAAUUAUCUCUUGGGCCCAUAGCAUGUCCCAUACAAACCAGAGGCCUGACAGCAGUAGUUAUUUAUUCGGCUCGGUAACAUUCAAAUAUUUGUAAAUAUCAAGCUAAGCUGAAUAGUGAGAACGUUUGAAUACUUGCACACCCCUAUUGUAUAUGUAAAUUUUAAAUCAUGUUUUCUUAAGUUUCUGUGACAGUGUUAAAUUCUGAUUUUAUGUAUUUGUUCAAUUCUUUUAUAGCUGAUAGUAGGAUUAUAUAAACAUCUGAUCCCCUGUAAAAUGUUGCAAUACAAUAGUUAUUUGUGUAACUAGUGAGCAAAGUGGCACUUUGCUGCACACGAGAGCAACGUUUACGUCGAACGAUCUCGAGUGCAGCAAAGGUCUUUUGCACUCGUGUUACACAUUAUAUUGUUCCUACAGUCACUAUAAAGUAUAUAAAUAAUUAGUCUUUCAAACACUGUACAACACGUUUUUAGGUUCAGCUGGCAACACAAAUAGGUGCCCUAGAGAAAGUAGUCCCCGGUCCGUAUAACUCCGCUAUUUUUUCCUUUAAGUGUUGCCAACCUAUUUCCAAGCGUACACGGAUUACGUGCAUAAUAGAACCACGCUGUUUUGUGUUGUUUCGUUGGAAUCCUGAUGUGCGCCAAAGGAUAAACCGUACUACUAAGUAUAAAUAUGCAGCAAUUAGCAGCUUUCUGUACUAUAAACAGUACAAGAAGCCAACUUUGUUGGGUGACUGUAGGAAAAAUGCAUGUUUCUGGCCCCUGGACUGUAUUGUUACAAUAAUAAUAGGUUUUUUACAUACCUCCGUCAAAUAGUCCAGCGAUUAAUAUUGCUCAUCAGCUUACAUUUUUUGUUAUGAAGACAACAUUUUCAAAGCUUGCAACUCGUCAAAAACACAUUUAUAACACAGACGACACGAAUGAAAAAACAUUAAAAUGGUACGAAUACACAAUAAACAUUUAGAUCACGCUAUCAUGAUUCUGAUUUGGUCCGGCGCGGCACAGUAUUGGUAGCAGACUGGAGGUCUACAUCACGUCACCUCCUCUACUGUUAUCAUUAUCAAUUAUGUUAUCAGAUCUUCGAUCAGCUGUUCCUGAGUUUAUGAUUGUGUUGUAAAUCGAGUGAGACCGGAACUGAUUUUUCGUUAAGGAUGUGGUCCUUACUACUUACUUAAUUUUAUAAAUUAAUUUUAUAAACUUCCUCGAAUUCCUCCAAGGUGUCAAGUUUGCUACCUUUCCCACAGACAUGUAAAAUUUCUAAACCUUCAUGUAAGCUGAAAAGCAAUAUUAAUCGUUGGACUAUUUGACAGAGGUAUGUAAAAAAACCUAUUAUUGUCGUUUCAAUACGAUCAGUCUAGACCUCAGUCUGUAUAGUUCUUUCCAAAUUUUCUGUUGGUAAGUAAUUUUGCCUAAGAGCGUAUGUGAUUUGUAAAUAUUGUUGGCAACUAGCUUUGAUUUUUCAGAGUUUAUUUUUGUACUCUUGACUGUUUGUAUAAAAUGACUCUAGUCACCAGCUGUUCUAUAACACCAAAUGUAUUUAACCACAGAUAUAUAAUAGUGUUUAGUAGAAAAUAGGUUUUAUCAAAUCAAAAUAGUUUUCGGGUGUUUAAACCUUUUUUAAAUCAUUGGUAUAUUUUAGAUUGUUUAUUAUUAUUUUACUUUGCAAGCAAUAACCAUGCUCACGCAAUAAAUCAUAUAUCAGGAAUCUCAUCUUCCUUCAAUUUUCUACCAUGCUGAUUUGUGCCUAGAUAUUCUUCUUGAUAUUGUAUUUAAUUACUGUGUUAUUUUAUUCAUUGCUGCUCGUGAGUGUUGAGAAAUUGUAGGUUAUGUUGUAUGUUCCUGCCAUGUUAAGGAUUUAGUGUUAUUUAUUUAUUGUCUGUUAGAAUACGUAGUGUUUAGGUCAUAAUUCCAUGUUUUAAAUAAGAUUUUUCUGUAAGAAAAAUAAAACCUGAAAACAAAUACCUAACAAAGUAAACUGAUGAUUGUGUUUGGUGAA